UAAUACAUUUAUUAUUUUUUAUUAUUCAGUGAUUGACGUCGGUGUGAAGAAGAAGUGUAGAGUUAAUAAAAAUGGCUGACAUUGUUGAAAAGGAGGAGAAAACAAUUGCCGAAGAUUUGGUAGUAACCAAAUAUAAAUUGGCGGGUGAAAUAGUCAACAGAACUUUGAAGGCUGUCAUUGAUCUCUGUGUUGUCGGUGGGUCUGUGAGAGACAUCUGCACAAAAUCGGAUGCUCUCAUCACCGAAGAAACAAACAAAGUCUACAAAAAAGAAAAGGAAUUGAAAAAGGGAAUUGCAUUCCCCACCUGCCUGUCUGUGAACAAUUGCGUUUGUCACUUCUCACCGUCCAAAAAUGAUCCUGACUAUCUGUUGAAGGAUGGAGAUGUUGUUAAAAUUGACAUGGGUGCACACAUCGAUGGUUUUAUUGCCGUAGCUGCUCAUACUAUUGUUGUUGGAGCAACUGCCGAUAAAAAAGUGAGUGGUCGUCAAGCUGAUGUAAUUCUUGCUGCUUACUGGGCCGUACAGGCUGCUCUAAGACUACUUAAAGCCGGAAACAACAAUUAUGCCAUUACCGAUGCUGUUCAACAAAUAAGUGAGUCCUACAAAUGCAAACCUAUUGAAGGUAUGCUCAGUCAUGAAUUGAAACAGUUCAAGAUCGAUGGCGAGAAGACAAUCAUUCAGAAUCCUAGCGAAGCUCAACGUAAAGAACAUGAAAAAUGCAACUUUGAGAAACACGAGGUCUAUGCCAUCGAUGUUAUUGUCAGCUCUGGCGAGGGUAUUGGUCGUGAGAAGGAUACAAAAGUGUCAAUUUACAAAAAGACCGAUGAAAACUACAUGCUUAAGUUGAAAACAUCCCGUGCUCUUUUGGCUGAGGUGAAAACAAAGUUCGGAAAUAUGCCUUUUAAUAUUCGCGGCUUUGAUGAAGAGACUAAAGCUCGCAUGGGUGUUGUUGAAUGUGUGUCACACAAAAUGAUUGAACCCUUCCAAGUGCUGUACGAGAAGCCAAGUGAAUAUGUGGCUCAAUUCAAACACACCGUCUUGUUGAUGCCUAAUGGAGUCAAUUUAGUAACUGGCAUUCCCUUUGAUAUUGAUAGCUAUGUUAGUGAACACAGCAUAGCUCAACCUGAAUUAAAGGAACUUGUUAACACUCCCCUGCAGCCACCUAAAAAGGGUAAAGGACAUGCCAAGAAAAAGGCCGCUGGUGCAGACACUGCCACUUCAACACCGGCUCCUGUGGAGACCAAGGCUUGAAAGCAGUAAAUCAACAAUUGCUACGCCUUUUGCUAUAUUCAAAAAUAUUAGAGCAACUAAAGCAAUACAUUUAAGUAUGGAAGAAACACUUUAACUGAAAGAAAACUCUGCAACAGAAACCCUAACAAAAACAUACUACAAUUUACUCAUUUAUCAUACCAACCAAUCAACCAACAACCCCUUCCCUAUAAAUCUACCAACCAUUUUGUGUGGGAGAGGUUAUUGUUGUAACAAAAACAACUAUCUUCUGCAUAUUACGCCGCCAGCGUUACUAAAUUUAAAACAUCUCUUUUUUAUAUUUUUAUUCAGUCCAAUCGAAACAAAACAAAUUUCAUUACGUAUGUGUACAGUGAAACUAAAACACAAGGAAAACAAAAACGGUCGUUUCAGCAUUAUUAUUGUAAUAUCUAUCCCAAAAGGAUAUUUAUUAUGAUUUUUUUUAUUUGGAUAAUUUUCAAAAUUAUCUAAAACUUGAAUUCGUUUUUUUAUCGUUUUAUAAAAUUAUUGAAAAUAAUUAAAAAAAAAACUAAAAAAUUUUAUUAGAAAUAAAAUCAUUAAAAACUAAAGAGAACAUUUUUGUGAAAUGCUUCAAAAGCAAUUUUCUUUUCCUUUUGUUAGUCUAAAUAAACAAUUGGAAGUAGAAGAAUAACAAGGUAAUGAAAAUGAUACGACGACAGGCGGCUUUUGAAAAGAAUCAAAUCAAACCAGAUUGACUGUAUUAUCAAUGUAUCAAUAUUAAAACAAAAAAAAAACUUUACUUAAGAUUUUAAAUGAAAUAAAGAGAGAGGAGUAUGUAUGUGUUAUACGUAUUUCCUUACAAAUGGAAAUGAAAAUAA